AUGGCAGGAACAGGUCCAAAACAAGCUGAUACACCACUAGAAUUAUUAACAAAUCAUGGAACAGUGAAGCCACCUUUUCUAUACGAUGUUUGGGGUUAUCUUGUUGGUGGUGUUCUAGGUUUUGGAGGUGCUCUUUAUGGAAAUUAUGCAACAAAAAGGCCCAUCGUGAGUGGUGUGCACAGAACUGCCGCAGUAACAGUUGUUUCAGCCUUACUUGGAAAUUAUUUUGAUGAUUUGAAAAAAGACUAUGAUGCGGAGAGAGAUGCAGUGCUUCGUCACUAUGUACAGUUGCAUCCAGAAGAUUUUCCUCCCUUUGAAAGGAAAAAGUAUGCAGAAGUUCUUGAACCUUGGGUUCCAAUCCGUUAAUAAGGUAGACUAUAAAUAUAAACAACAAUUGUAGUAUAGUGGUCAAAACAAAUUUAGUUCUU